CCCGCCGCGCAUGGGGCGCGGAGCCUCCGCGGGCGCGCAGCUGCCCCGGCGGUGCUGAGCGGAGGGAAGGAGGGAGGGUCCGGGGCCGCAGAGCGCCGGCCUCGUCCUCCCGCGCCUUGAGGCCCCCGGGCGAUGCCCGCCGCGGCCCCGCCGCCUGCCCCGCCGCUGAGCGCUGCCGCGGGCGCGGGGCGGCGCGCCCGGAUGGAGAGCUGAGGCGGUGAGCCCCGCCGGGCCGGCCGGGAGACGUGACGAUGUGGAUGCGACGGCUCUCGGGAAGCAGGUCAGGUUGCCCGCUCGGAAGCCAUGCUUGGAUUUUAAUAGCCAUGUUCCACCUAGCCAUGGACCUCGCCAGCUGCCAGCCCCCAGCCAGCGGUGCCGGCGGGAGGCUCUCCCCGCGGCCGGCGCUCCGGCACAGACUGUCCCGUGGCUCGCUGUGGGACACAGGGAGCACAGAGGAGCUGCGGCACCCGGGACCAUCCUGGACCUGCGCGCCCCCGACCCCCCCGCAGAGACCCCGCUCCCGACGGCCCCCCCCCGCCACCCCGCUGCCCCCCGGGCACCCCCCGCGCCAGCCACGCUCCCGGAGGGGCCGGCGGCAUCUGCGCGGCCGCGGCUUCUCCCCACGGGACGGGCGACCCACAGCGCUGCCCGAGGUCAUCGUGUGGGGCCCCACGGGCGAGGAGGACUCCCUGGAGAGCAGCACCUUGCCCGGCUCCUUCGCCACCGCCGCCGCCACCACCACCACCACCACCGCUGCCACCACCACCGCCACCACCACCACCGCUGCUGCCACUGCCGCCACGCCGCCCCACGUGCCCCAGAGCACCCCGGCUCCUGUGCCCGGUGGGGAUGUGCCCCGUAGCAGCCCCGGCCGCACCAGCACCGUCGAGCCGGCCGCCGGCCACAGCAGUGGUGGCAAGGAUGCUCGCCCGCCCCGCGGGCUGGGAGACAGCACAGGUCUGGCGGUUCAUCAGAUAAUCACUAUAACCGUGUCCCUCAUCAUGGUCAUAGCCGCUCUGAUAACAACUCUUGUCUUAAAAAACUGCUGCGCGCAGAGCGGGCGCCCGCGGCGCAACAGCCACCAGCGCAAGCUGGACCAGCAGGAGGAGAGCUGCCAGAACCUGACCGACUUCGCGCCCGCGCGCGUGCCCAGCGCCCUCGACAUCUUCACCGCCUACAACGAGACGCUGCAGUGCUCCCACGAGUGCGUCCGCACCCCCGUGCCCGUCUACGCGGAGGAGGCGCUGCGCUCGCCCGGGGACUAUAAAACCACCUUCAAUGGAAACAGACCCUCUUCUUCUGACCGGCAUCUUAUUCCCGUGGCCUUUGUGUCUGAGAAAUGGUUUGAGAUCUCCUGCUGACUGGCCGAAACCUGUUUGACUUCUGGGGCAGGGCAGACGCCAUCGGGCUGUUUUCUGGAUUCCAUUGGUGAACCUGUAAAAAAUAUACAAAAAUAAUGGGUUACCUGUACCUACCAUUUCUGUUUACCAGUAGGAGACUCAAAGAGCAGCGUUCUAUGGGCCAAAUCUAUUUUUAUACAAAUGAACACGCCUGUAGGGAACUGCGAUGGACAGAGAGCGCGUUUGGUGGGGAAGAGGAAGGGAAAUGCGUGAGCAAAGGAUCCCGUGAGGAAGAGGAGCCGGCGGGGGACUGAGGGAAGGGCUGAGCGCCUGGAGCCUGGACGUGGACGUGACUCUGAACCUGUGCCAAUAAUACCAUUAUGUGCCAUGUACCGAUGCAAAGGCUUGGCGAGAAGCCGAAGCCGAGUCGCUAACGCCUGGAAAACAUUGUGGAGGACGAGUGGGGCGUCUCUUCUGGUGGGGUCAUCCAUUCCGGUCCAUCCGCGUACAUACAUGCGAUACGUGUAGAGAGAAAAUAUAUAUAUAUAUACACACACAACCACUUUUUGUACUGUAGCAAUUUUUGAAGAUCUUAAAUACUCAUUUUUAAAGAAGAUGUCAUGGGCUAAAAGUCUCAUUUCUUUAACACGCAUUAUACAAACCAGGUGAGCCGAUGUUUUCUACUUUGGCAGCUUGCCUUUUGAACCUAUAUGUGUAUAUAUAGGUAGACAUAUAUACAUAUAUAUACGUGUGUGUGUGUAUGUAUAGACAUAUAUAUGUAUGUAUACAUAUAUAUAUAUAUAUAUAUAGUUUUGGUUCCUUUUGGAAAUGCUUUUCCAGCAGUUGGGACGUGACCAUGGCAGGGUCAGCCAGGGCUGCAGUGCCUGGUGGUUGCUCCAGCCACAGGAGGGAUGGCGGGAUGCGCUGGAGCCUGGUCUGGAACGACAGGAGGAUGGAGAUGGGCUGGGAUUCUAGCUAGAAGGCUGCGUCUGGGCCAAAUUCACAAAGUGCAUUCCUGCUGUGGGAGGUCGGAGGAAGCGGAACGCUGCGGCGAGGGGAGCGGGCAGCAGAGGAGCUCCCCUUUCCUCCAUGCGGGAUGCUGCAGGCGCGGGGCGGAUCCUGCUCCCACUCCCUAUGGACCCUGUCCUCGAGGUGGUGUUCCCACACCAUCGUGUUCCCAGGAGCAGGGCGAGCGGGAAGCGAGCAGGGAGCAGCUCGAGGCGGUGGUGAAGGGUGUUUCCAGACUUGUGUAGCCCGAUACAUCAUUGGGGUAGGGAGGAAAGCUCCAAAGCCUGUGUCUGCCGUUGUUUUACUGAGCUAAGUGUGAUGCCUUGGGGAUGGCUGGGAAUAGGUUUUAGGUGUGGACUUCUGAAGGAUGGGUCUCUCUUUGCACAAGAGACAAAUUUCAGGAGCGGGAUGAGGGAGUUAUAUUGGAAAAUGGCUUCUGAAUUGGCCAUGACACCAAAGCUUGCUCAGCCCUUUGUGAGACACACGAGAGGAACGAGCCCAUUGCCUCCUCACCCAUUCCAGGGCCAGAGAGCUCUGGGGAGCCUCUUCCUUGAGAAGGGAAUUUUGCCCACGGUUCCAGUGGCUCCGGUUUGGUGUGUUGCUCAUCCCGGUGCUUGCAGUGGUACCACUGGGCUGUGGCACUAAGACAGCUCCCAGCUGGGGUUGGGCUGCUUCAGCAUUACCUGGGUAGGAGCGACAGCAGAAUUCAGACCAAAGCCCUCCAGUUCUUUUUGUAAUCUGCCCUUCGUCAGUACUAGCGCCUUUUAGAGUUGUCCGGAUACGCAUUCCUACUCAUCCCUAGCUGUUCAGCCCCAUUCCCAUAUUACAAUGGACAAAAAGGCAGAAAUUCCUGGUGUUGCACAUAGCCACGUGUGCAGUCUCUUGUUCCCGUAUUCUUUUCUGUCCUUUCCUGAUGGAAUUGCACAGUCUGGAUUAUCUUUCCUGAGUUCUUGGGAGCUGCCCCAGGAAGAAGUCUUCCUUGCCAGACCUGAUGAUUACCUGUGGACUUUAACCAAGCGUCUCCAAAGGCGUUGGCAACAUUCCCUGCAAUUCCAAUGAGACUCCAGCAUCGCCUUUGGUGCUCUCCACACUGGGGUCACUGCUAACCGGCAGCCAGGGAAGAGGAGAGGGGUUCCCGUUGCUCCUGGCCAGGGUUUCAUCCAUGGUCCUUCUGCAGAGCUGGUUUCUACUGGGUGAGCAUAGGCAACGCGUGCAUCCCUGGGGCUGGGUGUUGUUGUUGGGGGUAUUUAACAGGGCUGGGUCCUGCAUCAGAGCAGAGAUGUGCUCUUUUUGUGUUUCACAAAGCCAACCGUUCCAUGAUGGGGCUGGGCACUGGGCAAAGGGGUGCUGCUGUGUGGCUCAUGUCUGGCUCUCUGGGACAUUGGGUGGAUGUCCCCACCUCUGCCCCUGGGGCAGGAGAUGGUGUUUUGCUGGAGGAGUGCUCCCCGAAGCUUUAACCUUCCUUGAUAUCUGCCAGGAGCAUUUCCCCUUGAGGUGUCCCUGGGGUCUGCCUUCAGCUGGGGGGUCCUGGUGCUGCUGCUGGCAAUCUCACGUAGACAAUGGGGACCUUUGGGCUGCAGUUAAUAGCAUAGAGUGCUACCUUGCUUGGAUUACCAAUGCCCUCGCUCCACAGCAGCCCAGGGGAGCUCAUUGCAGUGGGGUCAGCCAGAACUCAUGUGAGAAGUGACCACUCCACAGUGAUCCAUCAUCUCAGUAUGCCAGAGCCUUUGUGUUUUACUGAUGUGCCAGAGCAGCCCCUGCAAAUCUCCCUCGCUGGCACAGGGUUUGAGUUCUCCUGUAUUUGACUCUGCUGGCAUCAAUCCACUCCAGCUCGGGAGCCGUUGCGCUGCACCCAUUGAUCUUCCGAUUUAGCUGUGUGUGCUGGCUGCACCCAGGAGUUCUUGCGGGUGUUCCAGUGUAAUCUCAAUGGCAAUUUGACAUCAUAAAAUACACCUCAGCUCCCUCGUUCCUGAGCGUUUGAAGGAGCGUUCUGCAUUUCUGUGUGUAUGGAACCGCUGCCUGAAGGGGAGGUGUUGGGCAGAGCACAGGCAGCGGUGGUGGUGAUGGCGAUGGAGAUGUGCCCUGCCCCAAGCCUGGCACCCAGCUCCUGGGCGAGGAAGGGGAAUUGUGUGUGUGUGUAUCUGUGUGUGUGUCAGGGAAAGAGAAUGCAGGAGAAUAACUGACCCCAGACAGCAGGAGCAGGGGUUUGAGGGCAGGACUUGCACGAGCUUUCCACAUUGUCUGCAGAAGAACACGUCCUGGUCACCAAGAGAUGAGCGGUGAACUGGGGAACAAAAGUAGAUGCACAAUCUUCCCUUAUUUAUAAGGACCAACAGCACUUGCACUUUAUCAGAGAAACCCUCCCAUCCUAUGCAUGCAAGCACACCAAGGGACGACUGCCAGGAGGAAGAGAAGGAGGGAAGGAAGAAGGGAAGGGCCGGAGCUGUAACUGCUGUGAUUUAUGAGGCAGGAUCCUUGCAGCCCAAGGUCUAUCAUAAGAAAGAGAAACGAACAGCAGUUAUUUCAUUCCGUGCUAUUGAUGAAAGCCAAAAAAAAAGA